GGAGAAAUUAGGAGGAACGGGUCAGCUAUUCUGAAGAUGCAUGACGGAGAGAGCUCACAGAAGAAAAUGUAAUGUCAAACUACUAGUCCUCUGAACUUGAUACAGGCUUUACAUUGGACUUGAUGCCCUUUUCUUUAUUUUAAGGACAAGAUAUAUUUUCCAUAGAAUGUGAUAAAGGAUGUCGUAUGGUGUUUGAGAGGGCAUAUCUAAGUACAGUAGAUCCACAGUAACGGAACAUACUGUAUGUGAAUAAGGAGGUCAUGGAGAUGGAUGCAGUUUUAUCAAAGAUCACUGAUGUGACAAUGAGUUUCUGUUCCACAGGGAGACUUACAAAGUAUAUGCAUCAGAAUGCGGUUGGUGCUAAGAAUGGAGUUUGCUAGCAGGAUGACUGCAGGACAGGACUGCCUUUACCAAGCUGUCAACAAACCACUGCAUUGUGGACUGAAGAGAGGGGAUAUCGUGUCUAACGACAGGCCCAGCAGGCAACACCAGAACACGGAAGGAGCAGCCAAACUGCCUCUCACUUCUCAACACAAUCUGAACAACCAGCUGGAGGUCUUACGUACCACAAUGCAAGCUGAGAAGAAGACCUCAACUGGCAGCAGAGCACUCUCCAAACCUCCCUGUGCCAUUGCCAAUAUCAAAGAAAAGAUCUCCAAGUGGGAAGGGAAGGAGUCUUCCCCAUAUACACUUUUAGCAACAACAACAGCUGCUGCAACACCCACACAGAAUAUUGUCAAAAGACCUGAAUCCUUGACAAAGAGCGAUGCCAAAUCCAUCAAGGACAAUGGAAAGGAGAACGUAGGAAAGGCUGGGGAUUCAAGGCCUACCUCACAAAAAGUCACAAAAGUUCCUGCAAAAACAACAGAGUCCUUGAAAACUAGUGAUGCCAGAUCCACUGUGGAAGAGGACAGGAGUCAACCAGCCAGCAAGGCGAAACAGCAGAACAAUGGGAAAGAGAAUGUAGGAAAGGCUGGGGAUUCAAGACCUACCUCCCCUGUGGAAUGUGUGAUGGAUGUAACUUUGAAAAGAAAAGAGUUCCUCAAAAAAACAGACAUCCAACCCUCACAGGCUAACCCCAGGGGGGAAUUCAAAAGGCCGGCCAACAGGGACAAGCAUAUCCAUGGGAAGGAGAAUGUAGGAAAGGCUGGGGAUUUCGGCCCUAUGUCUCCAGCGGGGUAUGUGAAGGAAAUUCCAGUGAAAAGAACCGAACACCUGCCCUCAGAGGAGCAACACCAGGGACCCUGCAGCGGGCCGGCCAGCAGGGAAAGACAGCAGAGCAAUGGGGAAGCAAUGGCAGGCAGUCAGAGGGAGGACAGGCCUGCUGCGGACCCAGUGAAGGAGCAGGUGAUGGGUAUGCUGAAGAAAGACAACACCAGGAAACAGGUUGAGCAGAGUGCCGUCUUCACCCUUUUCAAGAAGCUGGAGCAGACGAUGAGGGAAGAAAACCCCAGUAAGAGCCCCCUCGAGCUACCUGGCAACUACUUCUGCCCCCCCAGCACAGAUACACAAGUAGAGGUCAAAAGGAGGGAGCUUGAAUCCAUUUUAGGGAGACUGGAUGAUGACCAGUUGUUUAGGGGGUUGAGGGAAGACUGGCAAUGGGAACAAGAUUUAGAGAAUGUGUACACAGAGCCAGGGACACCACCCAUCAACCCAGUUCCCAAACCCCAGCGCACUUUCCAGCAACGCACCUUCCACCACUCUGCCAAAUCUGAAGGGAGCCGCUCGUUACAGAGACCGGGGAAAGGAAAGAGGAACCUGCCCCCACUGCCCCUCAUCUCCCCUCCGCCUCUCCACAGCCAGCCUUCCCCCAACAGCUACAGGAGACCGAGGACAGACGUGUACAGAGAUAGAAACAACUGCAACAGGAAGUCAUUUGAGCUGGAGGACAUUCCAUCCUGUCAUCCACCAUACCACCACUACGAAGUCAUUCCAGACUGUCCCAAGGAGAACCCAUAUGAGGACAUCGAGGUCUCCAGUCAGUGCUCAUCACAGCCCUCUUUACCGUCCUCUCCUGGGUCAGAAUGCUCCAAGAUCUCCAGGCCUGGUUUCUUUAGGCAGAACUCUGGUGGGAGGCGUAACUUCAGGCUUUCAGAUAUGCGCAAGACCAACCACCUCUGUACUGAUAGUGGAGGAAGAGGGUCCCCUGGGCAGCUAAGCCCCCCCUCUACACCUCACAGCCCAGAUGAUCUGCCCCACUGGCUGUCAGGAGGAGACUAUAACCGCAUCUGCCGGAGGAUACCAACGGAUGUGCUUAAAAUGAACAGCAUCUUCGAGGCCCGUAUUGGAAAGAAACAUCUAAGGAGGGUGUUUCAUUUUGCUGAGGCCAGCUCAGGGAGAGUCACAGACGAGAACACUGACUCUGAGAGUGAAACAGAGGACAGGGGCAAAGCCCAUCGACAACGUCUGUCUACAGUCCAGUCUAUCUUGAGCCAGCCGGGUCAGGGUCGAUAUGGUAAAAUACACAGCUCUCUGGACGGGAACCUAAAGGAACUGCAUCAACGCCAACUCUUUGAGUACUUCCUGGUCGUGGCGCUGCACAAGGCCAAGGCUGGCAGCCCCUACAUACCUGAAGUUGCACAGCAUUUUCCCCUCAAGCUGGAGCGAAGUUUUAAGUUCAUGAGGGAGACAGAGGACCAACUACGGAUCAUCCCCCAGUUCUGCUUCCCUGAUGCCAAGGACUGGGAGCCUGUGGAGAACUACCCCAGUGAAAUGUUCUCUUUUGUUUUGACUGGUGAAGAUGGAAGCAGGAGGUUUGGAUACUGUCGUCGUCUACUGCCCAGUGGGAAAGGAAAGCGUCUUCCUGAAGUCUACUGCAUUGUAAGCCACCUGGGUUGCUUCCACCUCUUCUCCAAGGUCCUGGAUGAAGUGGAGAGGAGAAGGGCCCUGUCUCCAGCCCUGGUCCAGCCUUUUAUGAGGGCCAUCAUGGAAGCUCCUUUUCCCGCUCCCGGCCGAACCAUAACCAUAAAAACCUUCCUUCCUGGAUCUGGUACUGAGAUGAUGGAGCUUUGUCGUCCAUCUGACUCACGUCUGGAGCAUGUGGACUUUGAGUGUCUCUUCUCCUGUCUGAGCCUUCGUCUGCUGCUCAGGAUCUUUGGUUCUCUCCUACUUGAACGUCGGAUCAUCUUCACAGCAGAUAAACUCAGCACUCUGUCUCAGUGCUGCCACGCCGUGGUUGCUCUCCUCUACCCGUUCACCUGGCAGCACACCUACAUCCCCGUGCUUCCACCCGCCAUGCUGGACAUAGUGUGUACCCCGACCCCCUUCAUCGUAGGACUGCUGUCAAGCUCCCUGCCACAGCUCACAGAGUUACCCCUAGAGGAGGUUCUGAUGGUUGACCUAGGCAACAGCCGCUUCCUCAGACAGCUGGAUGAUGAGGACUCUAUCCUGCCUUCCAAGCUCCAGUCAGCCUUGGAGACAGUCCUGGAGAGGAGGAGGGAGUUGGCCUCAGAACGCGGAGGAGAUAAUGACUUUGGCCAUCUCAGCACUGUCGUGUCCGAGGCCUUUGUGCGUUUCUUUGUAGAACUUGUCGGCCACUACCCACUCUUCAUUACCGAGAGGGAGGAUGACUCCUCGUCCUUCCCCUCCUUCCCCCCGCCCUCUCUCUUCCAACGAGAGGCUUUCCGGAAGUCGGUCUCAUCUAAGAGUCUGAGGCGGUUCCUGGACGUCUUCAUGGAGACACAGAUGUUUGGCCUGUUUAUCCAGGAGAGGGAGUAUCACAGACAGGCAAUGAGAGGACUGUUUGAGGUGAGGGUGCAGGAGUAUUUGGAUUCAAUUCAUGACAAUGAGCAUCGCAGGGUUAACAAGUUCCUCAAAGGUCUGGGAAAUAAAAUGAAAUUUCUCUCCAAAAAGUGAUCCUCUCUGGAACAAUAUCUUGUUAAAGUGACAGUGUACUUGCAACUGAGGGACACUUUUAUCACUACAGAUUCACAUGAAAGCUAAAGUGUUUAAAUAGAAUCCUUGGGAGAAUAUUAAAUAGCAUGAUACUGUACUGUAUAUAUCCACUUUCAAUUAAUUAAACACUUUAAAAGCCCACUGGAGGGCAGUAGUUAUCUUAACAUGGUACUACAGUAGGGUUGGCAACCGGCAGCCAGCAGAACAAUUGUUGGGGAAAACUAAAUACAGAUAUUCUGCACGUUUGUAAACAUAGUCACAUGUUUAUUAUUCCAUUUAAUAAAAGAUACUGUAUAUCAUCCAAGUAUUCCCACAAAUAAAGAUACAGGCAUAUAGUAUGUGAUUGUGUGUGAAUGUAAUCAAGGUAUCACUUCUUCAAUACAAUCAUUUUGCAGUCUAAAUAAUUUGAAUUAUUCUCAUUAUUACUUUCCAACCCCUUGAUCAUCAGCUCCAAAAACAAUUGUCUUGUGUGAAUGCAUAGUUGCCUGGUUAAAAGUAUAUUGCUAUGAGUAUAAGUUGAUGAUUACAGACAGUUUCUUAUGGUUGCGAGACUGAAAACACCCAGCUACUGUAUGUAUUGUAUAAAGUGAAAGAUGCAUAUGGAAAGUAAUCUUGUAUAGCAAAAGACUAUGUCAAUCUUAAAGCUUUUAUUUAUGAAAAUGGAUAGUGAAUAAAAGCACACAAAUAACUGGGUCCAAGGAAACUUCCUUUGUUCUCCAGACUACAAGGUUUUGGGUUCAAAUUAUAAAAAAAAUGUGUUAUGAAUUUGAAUAAAAGCAGUGCGUCUCUGC